AGUUUUGUUUACGUUUUCUAUUUUACUUAUUUCCUUGAUAAAUAUCCGUUAUACCUUGAGAUAUUAAAAGGGAUAUCGUUGAAACAAAUCUCAAAUAAGAAUAAAAUAAUACGUAUUCGUUAUGGAAAAUCUCAGAAACAUUUGGAAACCCGAACUAUAUCGCAUUCAAUUAGAAGCCCCGAAGCCGCACCGUAUAAUUUGUGAGACCUGUCCGGAUAAGCCCGAGUUUUACGGCAAGGAAUACCAUGGCAUUCUGGGUCACAAAGAAGCUACUUUACGAUUACAAAAUGAACCGAAUGGUGCAUAUCUUAUUAGAAAAGGAAACGAUUUUAAUGACUUUUACACCUUAACAUGGAGGUUUGAUGACAGAAUCCAUCAUUACAAGCUAUAUUACGAUGGCACACACUACCUCAAAGACAAGCGGUACGACUGCAUCUAUGACCUGGUCGCGGAUGGACUCAUCACAACACACAUGGAGCUUAAAGCUCGACACAUCCUGGAGAUGAUCAACUCUCGGACCAGCUAUACAGAGAGCCCUUAUGUCACAUUGAACAGAAGGAAACUAAACACUUUGCAAAGAAAGCAGCAAGCAAGCAGACAACUCCCAAUAACAACUACAGACAACACAAGCACCUUAGAACUAGACAAGAAGCCUGUAUUGGACCUCACACCCUCACUUGAAGACAACCCUCUGCUCAACAAAUACUCUAAAAGCCACACCUUUAAGGUCCACACAUUCAAAGGCCUGAAUUGGUGUGAGCUGUGUGCAAAUUUUCUGUGGGGAUUCACAGCACAAGGUGUCAAAUGUGAAGAUUGCGGUUUCAUAGCCCAUUCAAAAUGCUCUGAACGCGUCCCAAACCACUGCGUGCCCGACUUGAAGAAGAUCCGCGGCGUGUUCGGCAUAGAUUUGACGACGUUGCUGAACGCGCACUCCAGCACGCUGCCGUUCGUGGUGCGCAAGUGUGUGAGCGAGAUAGAAGCCCGGGGCAUGGACUCCGAGGGUAUAUACAGGGUGUCCGGGUUCGCUGACGAGAUUGAGGCGUUGAAGAUGGCUUUUGACAAAGACGGCGAAGCAGCAGACCUGAGUCAAUUCAGCAACAUUAACGUUGUUGCCGGCACCUUGAAGUUAUAUCUCCGACUGCUGCCCGUGCCCCUCAUCACCUACGACGUGCACCCCAAGUUCGUGCAAGCCACACAAAUGAAGACUCCGUCAGAUCAAGUGGGCAUGCUGCGGGAGUGUUUGGAACUUCUACCGAAAGCUCACUACAGCUGUCUGCAAUACGUGGUGCAACAUUUAUACAGAGUAUCCCAAAUGUCAGAGGUGAACAAGAUGGGGUCGCACAACCUGAGCACCGUGCUAGCCCCCACACUAGUAGCUACACCCCCAGCCGUCACAGACCUGUCCUUCGAGAUCCGCGCUCUACAGGCCCUCAUCGACUACUGCCCUGCCAUCUAUUAUCAGAACCAGUGAAUGUAAGGUUUGACGGACA